GCCGGGUAUAAAGGCGCACAGACGGACUCUCCGGGCUGCAUUCUGAGUACGGGACAAGAAACCACAUCUAUGGAAGUACAGAGGAAUAUCGGGCCCCUACAAACAAACACCAGCAGUAUGUGUGAGCCGACGCAGAGGUCCUGUGAACCCCGUCGGAAGAGAAUGGAUGAGCGCAGUGCGCCGUCGGAGAUGGCCAGGAUAAUCAGUGAUCCAGUCACGGGGAAGUGCUACUGCCGUGGAAAAGUUUUGGGAAAGGGAGGUUUUGCAAAAUGCUAUGAGAUGACCGACCUGUCCACCAGCAAAGUUUACGCAGCAAAAAUCAUCCCACAUGCGCGCGUCUCCAAACCUCACCAACGGGAAAAGAUUGACAGAGAAAUCGAACUACACAGAGUACUGCAUCACAGACAUAUUGUGCACUUUUAUCAUCAUUUCGAGGAUAAGGAGAACAUCUAUAUUCUGUUGGAAUACUGCAGCAGAAAAUCCUUAGCCCACAUCCUGAAGGCUCGCAAAGUUCUUACUGAACCAGAGGUGCGUUAUUACCUGAGACAGAUCGUUUCUGGACUCAAGUACCUGCAUGAACAAGAGAUCCUGCAUAGAGACCUGAAGCUUGGUAACUUCUUUGUGAGUGAGUCGAUGGAGUUGAAGGUUGGAGACUUUGGUCUGGCUGCCAAGUUGGAGCCAGCGGGAAACAGGAGAAAGACAAUCUGUGGAACACCAAACUACCUGUCCCCUGAGGUGCUCAACAAGCAGGGCCAUGGCUGUGAAUCAGACAUCUGGGCCUUAGGCUGUGUAAUGUACACAAUGCUGUUGGGCAGACCACCAUUUGAAACCACCAACCUGAAGGAGACUUACAGGUGUAUCAGAGAGGCUCGCUAUUCGCUGCCUUCCUCGCUGUCCCCACAGGCCAAGCAGCUGAUCGCCAGCUUGCUAGCUAAGAUUCCUGAGGACAGACCCAACCUAGACCAUAUCCUGAGGCACGAUUUCUUCACACAGGGCUUCAGUCCAGAGCGUCUGUCGCCUAGCUGUUGUCAUUCGCCACCAGACUUCCACGUCUCUAGUCCGGCCAAGAGCUUCUUCAAGAAAGCUGCAGCAGCGCUCUUUGGUGGGAAGAAGGACAAGGUUAAAUACUACGAGACUCUGAACAAGUUAACAAAAGAGGAAGAGGAGAUCUACAAGCUGCAGCACGACCUGGAGAGAACUGUCAUCAGCCAACAACAGAACAAAAAGAUUGCUGAGAAUGGAAGUCUACUUCCGCCAUCUGCCGAAAGCACCGUUGCCCCAGCAACAGAGAGCCAGUCGCCGGCUACGCAAGAUACGAUCCGUCUAAUCGUCAGGGGGAGUCUGGGAAGCUGCAGCAGCAGCAGUGAAUGUCUGGAGGACAACACAACAGGGAGUGUGGCUGAGACUGUGGCCAGUGUAUUAAGAGGAUGUCUGGAGAACAUGCCAAAAUAUGACAUUCCUCAGGGCUCAAACAGCUGCAGUCUUCAGUGGGUGACUAAAUGGGUGGACUACUCCAACAAGUACGGCUUCGGCUACCAGUUGUCAGAUCACACCGUGGGAGUUCUCUUUAACAACGGCACUCACAUGAGCCUCCUGCCAGACAGAAAGACCAUCCAUUACUAUGCAGAGUUGGGUCAGCGUUCUGUCUUUCCAACAUGUGAAGUUCCUGAACACUUUGUGGGUCAAGUGACUGUGCUCAAGUACUUCUCCCACUACAUGGAAGAGAAUCUGAUGGAUGGCGGGGAUCUGGGUAGUAUGACGGAUGCACACAUGCCCAGACUCUACCUGUUGCAGUGGCUCAAGUCAGACCGCGCCCUCAUGAUGCUCUUUAACGACGGCACUUUCCAGGUCAACUUCUACCAUGACCACACCAAGAUCAUCUUGUGCUGCCAGAGGGAUGAGUACAUGCUGACCUACAUUAAUGAGGACCGUGUCUCCAAAACGUUCAAACUCAGCUCUCUGUUGACCUCGGGCUGCCCCACUGACCUGCGCGAGCGCAUGGUUUACUCACUCAACAUGCUGCUGCAGAGAUGCAGUUAAAUCAAUAAUGUGUUUUGGACAAUGUUUACCAAUCAAACCUACCCACUGUGUUACUGCGGCGCUGCAGUGGAACCUGGAUUCGUAAGGAUCUGUGUGGGAAAGUUUGAGGAUGGACCUGUUCAAAGUUUAUUAACAUUCCUACACUGCAGCACCUUUGUGACUCAGCAAGGUGCAAGUGAGAAAAAAAAAAAAUACAGACAAACUCUGUGGAUGAGGACAAUGAAAUGUAGCACAUUAGAUGAAAAGGGCUGAUUUGUAUGUCGACUGAUGGAGGAGAGGAAGGAUCGAGUGUGUCGGAACGAGUAUGUUGGUACGAAUGUGAACUCAUGAGGCUUCAGUAAGAGAUGAAUGUUUGAAGAAGACAAAUGCUGGGCUGGCACCAGCGUAAUUGUGUACAGAAUCACAAAUGUUUAUAGAGACAAUUCAUAAAAUAAGGCUCUGAAUUACGCAGAGCUAAACUGUGGACUGUUGUAAAUGUUGUAAAUUAUGUAUAGUGUAUGUCACAGCCAACUCAGCAGUGCAAAGACAUGAUUCGCCAGCGUGUGUGUGGCUGGAGUUUGGUAUCUUAUAUGUGUAUGUGUGAGAGUGCGAUGAGUGUAAUAUUCACACAAAAUUUUAAAAACUGUGAUUUGUUCUCUUUAUGGACAGAUGGACUGGCACAUUAGGCUGGGAAAUGGUGGGGUGAUGUUUAAAAACAAAAAAAAAUAAUGGAGCAGG